UUGUGAUUCUCCAACUCUGCUCGCUUUCCAACUGUUUGUUUAUACCGUGUACAAGUAAACUUGUGAUUUUUUUAAAUUUUAUAUUCUUACAAAUGUAACGGUUUCAGAUUAGUCUUUCGUAGUUUUUCAUCUUUGAAAAAAUUUGACGGGGUUGCAAUCGUUCCACUUUGCUGCUGGCUGCAGUUCUCUGUGUGAGGAAUAAUUCCACUCGCGAAAUUUCCGAAUAACAUUUGUAUUUGUUAUCACUGUUUUGCAGAGUUCCUGGCAUCUUUUAAUUUUUUACAUAUAUUAUUUUCCCCUGCGUUAUCUCCAGAAAUUAUUUGAAAGAAUUCUGCGCACGAGCGGAGAAUGGGAGAAGUGAUGGCGGACGGGACGGAGCUGAUCCUGUCGGAUGACGAGGAUGCGCCCCUGACGGCGCCCCUCAUCACCCUGGACGAUGCGGUGAUCGACGAUCUGCUGGCGGCCUCCACCACCACCCCUACCCCCACCGCCGCCCCGGGGGUCAAGCAGGAGAUGAGCUUGCAGGAGGCCACGCCAGCGGCGGAGCGCCAGGACAGCGAGGAGGAAUUCCCGGGGGCCUACGAAACGGGAGAGAUCCUGCGGCGCCCCGGCCCCGCGCCCCUUAACGGGGAGGAGGGCGAGGGGCGUCCCGCGGAGGAGUCCGAAGAUAUGGAUGUCACGGUCAGUCCCACGCAGCUGCUGGCCGGAAUUGAAGACGGACUGCCGGAUGAACCGUUGCCCAGCACAUCGGGCGCGACGGAUCCCGACGUGGAACCCCCGCCCGCGGCGGCCGGAGAGUCAUACGACCCGGAUAUCAGUAUGGAGCAGCCGAGCAUGGAGGAGUGCUCCCCCAUCAUGACCUCCAGCACCAACGCCGUCAUGAACCUGACGCUGGACGAUCUGGAUGUGGAUGAAGUGGCGGCGCAGCGUCGACAGUCCGCCGCGGACGGUGACGAUGAUAACGAUGUGGAGGACGACGCCGCGUCCGACAAGAGCUACGUGACCAAUGAGGAGGAUCAGACCGCCACCGCCUCCGAGGUAAACGAGCCGGAGGAGGGCGCCGGCUCCGCGGAGCACAUGGAGAAUAUGCUGAAGAGUAUCGGGCUGGAGUCGCGACAAGAUGAUUUGAACGAAGGCAAUGAGCGUCGUGCCGCCGACGACCGCGAGCACUCGUUGGAGAUCGAGGCCCCACCCAUGCGCCCGGCCCCCACCCACUCCCCGGCGCCCUCCGCCGCCUCCAGCGUGCGCUCCGCCACGCCCUCCACCCUGUCGACGCUCUCGGCGGCCAGCGGCAGUCAGGGCCGCCCCCCGGGGUUCGCGCGCCGCACCGGCGGAGUGCCGCCGCGUCCCGAGGCCCCCAAACUCAGCGCCAACUCCACGGCCAAGGCACAGCUGCGUCGCUGCAUCGUCAGCAGCUGCCGGCACUACAAUAAACCGCAGCACGGGGUCUUCCCCUUCCCGCCGCUGGAGGGCCGCGCCGCCGACCGCAACCGCUGGAUGUCGGCGAUUAAUAACAGCGCGGCGCGGAAUCACGCCGUUAGCGGGGCGUAUCUGCUGCAUGACAACACGGCCGGGGUGUGUCGGGAGCAUUUUCGGGAGACGGAUGUGCUGCCGGAUGGGACGCUGCGCAGGGGCUCCGCGCCGGUGCGCUUUGACGUCCGCCCGGGCUACGAGCCGCCGGCCACGGGUAAAUCGCAGUUUGCCAAGAAAUCCGUCGGCCUGCCGGAGCCCAGCACCUCCCGGGCCUGCACGGUGGCCGGGUGUAAAUCGACGAAACCGGGGCAUGUCCACAUGGCACCGCCGGCCCUGGUAGCCAAACCACCGGGCCGCACCAUCAAAAAGACGGUCCCGCUGUCCAGUGUGCCGGUCCCCGUGCCGGUGCGCAGUCAGUCCGUGGCCAAGAAGAAGGGCGGGAUUGUGCGGGCGCCGCAACGCAGCAGCACACGACUGGCGGUGCAGUUAUCGCGCAGCAGGGAAUCGGAGGACGGGGAUUACGAUGCGGAUAUGGACUUCCCCGAUGAACUGCCGGUCGCCGAUGAUGCCGAGCACGUGGCGCAAGCACCGCUGAAGAUCGUCCUGCAGAAGGCGCAGCCCGCCCCACCACCGCCGCCGCCGCCCCGACGGAACGUGGUGGCCGCCGUGGAGGAGGUGUUUGAGGAAGGGGAUGAUGAGGAGGACGAGGAGGAGGAUCCGGUCAAUCCUCGGGAGCCGUUGAAGAUCAUUCUGCAGAAGAUGGUGCCCGUGACGCAGCAGCGACAGAAUGAGCAGCGCGGAUCUACGUCGAAAGGGCCCAUGAUGACGCGCGCUGUACAGGUGCAAGACGAAGAACUGGAGGCGGAUUCGGAUGAGGAGGAAGUGGAGGCCAUCAUCCGCGAGGCGCACGAAGAGAUUGUGGAUCUGCGGUUGAAGGUGGAGGACGCCGAGAGCGCCCUGACCACGGAGAAGUUCAAGGUGGCCCAUCUGGAGGCGCGGGUGGCGGCGUGGAUGCGCGAGCACUUCCAGUGCCAGGCGCAGGAGACGGAGCGCAUCGAGAUGCUGGAUAAAUUGGCACAGUAUUAUCUGGCGCGCGCCAAGAAGGUGGAGGAGGAUAAGCGCGCCGUCGCCGCCGAGGUGGAACUGUUCCGCGCCAAUUAUGUCCGCGCGCAGAAGGAGACGGAGUCGUAUCGCGCCCAGAUUAUUGAGUUGCAGACCACAUCGGCGCGUCAAGUGGAGCUGGUGGUGCAGACCAAGACCAAAAACGAGAAGGAAGCCAUGGAGACGAUCGCCUCGCUGCGCCGGCAGCUGGCCGAGAGCGUCAGCGCCAACCAGACGGCGCGCAAGACCUACGUCAACCUGCUGAACAAACUGGGCAUCCCCGUGCCCGACGAGAUCGCCGCCCUGGCCGACGCCGGCACCGUCAACCGCAACGCCACCACCACGUCACCGGCCAAGGCCACGCCCGCCAAGAAAGCCACGGCGGCCGCCAAGAAGAAGGCGGCGGAAUCGGCUGCCGCGGCGUUGACCCCGCCGGCCAAAACCGCGCCCCCGCCGACCCCCGUGGCGGCCGCGCCGGUGACCGCCAGUCAGCCGGUGACGCCCAGCGCGUCGUUCAAUCCGCGGCAGACACGACAGCGACAACGCGAGCAGGAGGCUGCCGCGGCGCAGCAACAACAGCAGCCGCCCGUGAUGGUGCAGCAGCCGAUGGCGGGGUACGGCGUGCAGCCGCCCCAUGGCGGGUGGAACGGGUAUGGGCAGGCGCAGACGUCGGUCAUCCAGCAGACGCCGGGCGGGAGUGCCUUCAGCCAGCCCACCUAUCAGGCGCAGCCGGAGACCAGCGGACGGAAGCGCGGACGGCCGCGUCGCGAGGACACCGAGCCGGCCAUUCCCUCGCCCAAGAAGCCGCGCGAGAGCUCCGUCGACCGGGCCGUGCGCUAUUUGAUGAGCUUGUGAAGAAGUCCCUGCGGAAAUUUUGUUGGUCUGACGAAGAAACAAGUGCGCAUGAUGAGUCUGGAUGGAUCGUUCCUCGUAGUUUUUAAUCGUUUCCAGCGCUGGGCGAAUUUCACAUCAUUUUAUACUGAAAAUCACUUUGAUCUUUUCACAAGAAUGCGGCAUGAUGCGGCUGAAAAUGGCUGUUUGUUUAUAACUUGGAAAUAAUCGCGGUAUUUGUUGGGUAUUAUUUUUGUUAGUGUUUGUUCUUUGGAAUGAAAACAUGACUGCUUGUUGUACGAGAUAUGAAUGACUUUGGAUUUGUAUGAUUAAAACUUAUUCGGAUUAA